UGGAUCAAUGCAUCACUUUCUUUAAUACUUCAUUAUGUCAUGUUUUCUUCAUGACUGCAGAUACUCAGGGGAAAAAUGCAAAACAAGAAGGAAUUAAACCUCAUUUCUCUAACUUCCCUGCUCUUUACAUCCACACAGUGAUUAAAGUGAAGUCACUUCAUCUUUUGUCUGUUUGUGCAGAGCUCCCACAGCAACAUGUCUGCAAGAAGGAGGAGGAGGAGGAGGAGGAGGAGGUUCCCACUGAGCAGCAGCUCUGCAGCCAGGAGAGGAGCUGCAGUCUGGACCAGCCAGAGGCAGAACUUCCACACGUGAAAGUGGAAGAGGAGGAAGUCUGUAUCAGACAGGAUGAAGAGCGGCUCAGCCUGAAGCAGGAGCUGGAUACGACUCCGGCUUCUGAUGAGGGGAGCCGCUGGGAACCAGACAAGAACCAAGUCCUCUCUCAGAACUCUCCUAAAGCUGAGAACCAAGACCAGGAGGACCCGGGGUGCGGCAACACUGAAGAGCUGAAACGGACCAAGAGAAAUGAUCAAAUGAGAGAUUAUAGAGACGAUGUGGACGAGAGAAACCAACCAAGUGAAAAAGAUAAAAAUCAGUUUGUUUGUAAAGUCUGUGAGAAGAGUUUCAGUCAGAAAUAUAAGCUCACCACUCACAUGAGGAUGCACACGGGGGAGAUGUCUUGUGAAAUCUGUGGUAAGAGUUACACCAUGAGUCGUGACCUGAACGCUCACCUGAUGAGUCAUAAAGGUGAGAAGCCCUUCGUGUGUCCCACCUGUGGAAUGGGCUUCACUCGAAAAAACCGUUUGAAGCUUCACAUGAGAACUCACACGCAGGAAAAACUUUUUUUGUGUCAUACGUGUGGGAAAAGUUUCACUGAAAGCAGUGUUUUGGCUUCUCACCAGAUGACUCACACAGGUGAGAAGCCCUUCUCCUGCAACACGUGUGGAAAACGUUUUAGUCGAAAAUGUGAUUUAAUUCCUCAUUUGAGGACUCACACGGGUGAGAAGCCCUUCUUGUGUCGGACCUGUGGGAAAACUUUUAGUCGUAAAUGUUCUUUAACUACUCACAUGAGAACUCACACAGGUGAGAAGCCCUUCUCCUGUCAGCUCUGCGGGAAAAGCUUCAGACUGUAUGGUAACAUGUUCAGGCACAAGAGACUUCACUCCAGAGAAAAGCUCUGAUCUUUAAUCUUUCUCAGACUUUUGGGUCUGAAGUUCAUCAAACUGUCCUGUCCAUCACAGAGAGACAAGUGAGACAAACGUCCACUCGUUUACAACU